CUGUUGGUGAGAAGCAACAACCUUUCUGACAAGAUUAUAGUUCUGUCUGGAAAAAUUGAGGAGGUCUCCCUGCCUGAGAAUGUUGAUGUGGUAAUUUCUGAACCGAUGGGUUAUAUGCUGUUCAAUGAACGGAUGCUGGAAAGUUACCUCCAUUCCAAAAAAUGGUUGAAGACACGUGGAAUGAUGUUCCCAACAUUCGGUGACAUUCAUUUGGCUCCUUUUUCUGAUGAGCAGCUGUACAUGGAACAUUUCUCCAGAGCCAAUUUUUGGUACCAAGAAUGCUUUUAUGGGGUCAAUCUAUCUAGCCUGCGCACUGCAGCUGUGGAUGAGUAUUUCCGACAACCUAUUGUGGAUACUUUUGACAUGAGAAUUCUGAUGGCCCAGACAGUGAAGUACACCGUUAACUUCCUGGAAGCUGCUGAGGAAGAUUUGCAUAGAGUGGAAAUCCCUUUUGUUUUCCAAAUGACGCAGUCUGGAUUAAUCCAUGGCCUGGCAUUCUGGUUUGAUGUGGCAUUUGUAGGAUCAUUGGUAACUGUUUGGUUGUCCACUGCACCGACAGAACCUCUCACUCAUUGGUAUCAAGUACGCUGCCUUCUUCAGACACCCCUCUUUGUUAAAGAGGGGGAAUCUCUCUCAGGGAAAGUCUUACUUGUCGCCAAUAAGCGACAAAGUUAUGAUAUUCACAUUGUGGCUAUGGUGGACGAGACAGGAAUUAAAUCUUCUAACACUCUUGAUUUAAAGAAUCCAAUUUUUAGGUAA